AUGCUACAGAAAUUCCUUUCUAUCGUUGUCAUCCUGCUCGCGGUCUCCUAUCAUGUCUUUUUUCGGAAUUUCCUGUUCACAUUCCUUGGUGUCGGCCGAAGUCUGAGCCAGAUACAGGAGUUUCCAUAUGCAUGCCGCAGAUUGGAACAUCCUUCCCUGAGCUCCUGCGAGGAUCUGUGGCUAGACGAGGAAAAUCGCACACUAGCAAACAAUUUCAAUGCUUCCGGACGACGAAAGACGGACCAUUUUUCUGUUCUGAAUAUCGAUUAUCCUGGAGAGGAUGACCUAUACGGCGUGCACCACUUGGAAGUCACCGGCCCGUAUAAAGGGAUUAAUCCUGAAAAUGAGAAUGUACUCGACCUCCACGGAUUCGGGGUCCGAAAGCUCAGCCAGUCUCGACUGCAAUUCUUCGUCGUCAAUCAUCGGCCACCUACCAGUCCUGGAGAGCUCUUGGCAGAGAAUAUCAAUGUGGUUGGAGACAAUUCGACGAUAGAGGUGUUUGAGCUGGAGCGGGGGUCGUCGAAGCUCGAAUUUGUCAAGACAAUCGUGGAUGACAACCUGAUAUCCCCGAACGAUUUAACGUGGGUUUCAGAGGGUCAUAUCAUCAUUACCAAUGAUCACUUAACAAAAGGUUGGUCCCUUUCCCGCUUCAUCUGA